GACACAUAUAUUUUCCAACAGGCGUUGAAGUGUUAUAUGCAAAACUUAACUGUCACUACGUCGGUAGUCUUCUCCACCUAACGGUUUUUCUGCUCGUUUUUUCUGACCGGAAGUUUCCAUUAACAAUACCUUUCCGCUCUCUUUUUCUCUGUCCUCAAUCACUGAUCUGAAUCGCGGUAAGAGGAAAAAUGAGUGAGGUUUUUGAUGGCUACGAACGCCAAUACUGUGAAUUGUCGGCUAAUCUCUCCAACAAAUGUUCUUCUACUUCUCUUCUUUCCGAUCAAGAGCAGAAACAACAGAAGCUGACUGAAAUUAAGGCGGGCCUAGAUGAGGCUGAUAUUUUGAUACGAAAAAUGGAUCUUGAAGCUAGAAGCUUGCAACCCAACGUGAAGGCCAUGCUUCUUGCAAAGCUGAGGGAUUAUAAAUCUGAUUUGAAUAAUCUGAAAAGAGAAGCGAAGAAGAUCAGUUCACCAAAUCAUGAUCAGUCUGCUCGAGAAGAGUUAUUAGAAGCUGGAAUGGUAGAUGCGUACAAGACUUCCUCAGAUCAGAGAGAGAGAUUGGCAUUUUCCACAGAACGUUUGAAUCAAUCUAGUGAGAGAAUUAGGGAAAGUAGGAGAACUAUAUUGGAGACAGAAGAGUUGGGUGUGUCAAUUCUUCAAGAUUUGCAGCAGCAACGUGAAACCCUCCUUCACUCGCACACAAAGCUUCAUGAGGUAGACAAUGCCAUUGACAAAAGCAAGAAGAUCCUGACUGCUAUGUCACGUAGAAUAAGCAAAAACAAAUGGAUUUUUGGCGGAAUUAUUGGUGUUCUUCUCCUUGCCAUCAUUUUUAUCAUAUACUUUAAAUUUACGCAUCACUGAUCCUCCGCCAUUGUAGUCGAUGAAUCUGACAUCUGUUUGCUUACGAUUGUGCAAAUCAAACAGCCAGAAAUUAUUGAGACCCAAUUGUAACGCCAUUGAUAUGUAUAUUUAGCAGUUGUAUCUAAAACCAAUAUCGUUAUGUUUUAAUUUGUAUGAAAUCAUCGAGUUUGUGUUGGUCAAAUAAGCUAGUAUCGGAAUCCUCUGAUCUCUUUAAACUCUAAAGCCAGGGAUUCAUACCAUGAGCAUGAGCUUGAACAAUGCUCAGCUUAACCAAAUGCAUUUACCUUUUCUCUC